GAAGCACCGAAGCGAAACUUAAGGAAUCCUGCCUUCCUGGAGCCGCUGGCGAUGCGACUCGGGCCGCCGGGCGCCGCCGCCGCCGCCCGCCCGGCUUCGCCCUUCCCGGCAGUCGGGAACUAGUUCUGAACUAGUCCCCCGGCCCCGGAUCGAUCCCCGCCCUCCGCACCCUGGAUAUGUUUUCUCCCAGACCUGGAUAUUUUUUUGAUAUCGUGAAACUACGAGGGAAAUAACUUGGGUGAUUUCUUCUUGGAUCCCUGCCUUCCCCACGGACAUGCCUUCAGUUUGGAGGGCUGCGGCACCCCGUCCGAGGCGAAGGAACCCUCCCCAGCCGCGAGGGAGAGAAAUGAAGGGAAUUUCUGCAGCGGCAUGAAAGCUCUGCAGCUAGGUCCUCUCAUCUGCCAUUUGUCCUUUCAAACUGCAUUGUGAUACGGGCACGAUCAGUCCACGGGAGAGGAGACGAACCUCCCGGCUGUUUCUCCGCCGGUAUCCACUUCCCGUAUUUCUUUUCUUUGCUCUCCUGCUUCUUGUCUGGCCCAGGGAUGACUUCCUCGCUGCAGCGGCCCUGGCGGGUGCCCUGGCUACCAUGGACCAUCCUGCUGGUCAGCGCUGCGGCCGCUUCACAGAAUCAAGAACGGCUAUGUGCAUUUAAAGAUCCAUAUCAGCAAGACCUUGGGAUAGGUGAGAGUCGAAUCUCUCAUGAAAAUGGAACAAUAUUAUGCUCAAAAGGUAGCACCUGCUAUGGCCUUUGGGAGAAAUCAAAAGGGGACAUCAAUCUUGUAAAACAAGGAUGUUGGUCUCACAUUGGAGAUCCCCAAGAGUGUCACUAUGAAGAAUGUGUAGUAACUACCACUCCUCCCUCAAUUCAAAAUGGAACAUACCGUUUCUGCUGUUGUAGCACAGAUUUAUGUAAUGUCAACUUUACUGAGAAUUUUCCACCUCCUGACACAACACCACUUAGUCCACCUCAUUCAUUUAACCGAGAUGAGACAAUAAUCAUUGCUUUGGCAUCAGUGUCUGUGUUAGCUGUUUUGAUAGUUGCAUUAUGCUUUGGAUACAGAAUGUUGACAGGAGACCGUAAACAAGGUCUUCACAGUAUGAACAUGAUGGAGGCAGCAGCAUCUGAACCCUCUCUUGACCUAGAUAAUCUGAAACUGUUGGAGCUGAUUGGCCGAGGUCGAUACGGAGCAGUAUAUAAAGGCUCGUUGGAUGAGCGUCUGGUUGCUGUAAAAGUGUUUUCCUUUGCAAACCGUCAGAAUUUUAUCAAUGAAAAGAACAUUUACAGAGUGCCUUUGAUGGAACAUGACAACAUUGCCCGCUUUAUAGUUGGAGAUGAGAGAGUCACUGCAGAUGGACGCAUGGAAUAUUUGCUUGUAAUGGAGUAUUAUCCCAAUGGAUCUUUAUGCAAGUAUUUGAGUCUCCACACAAGUGACUGGGUAAGCUCUUGCCGUCUUGCUCAUUCUGUGACCAGAGGACUGGCCUAUCUUCACACAGAGUUACCACGAGGAGAUCAUUAUAAACCUGCAAUUUCCCAUCGAGAUUUAAACAGCAGAAAUGUUCUAGUGAAAAAUGAUGGAACCUGUGUUAUUAGUGACUUUGGAUUGUCCAUGAGGCUAACUGGAAAUAGACUGGUGCGCCCAGGGGAAGAAGAUAAUGCAGCCAUAAGUGAGGUUGGCACUAUCAGAUAUAUGGCACCAGAAGUGCUAGAAGGAGCUGUGAACUUGAGGGACUGUGAAUCAGCUUUGAAACAAGUAGACAUGUAUGCUCUUGGACUAAUCUAUUGGGAGAUAUUUAUGAGAUGUACAGACCUCUUCCCAGGGGAAUCCGUACCAGAGUACCAGAUGGCUUUUCAGACAGAGGUUGGAAACCAUCCCACUUUCGAGGAUAUGCAGGUUCUUGUGUCUAGAGAAAAACAGAGACCCAAGUUCCCAGAAGCCUGGAAAGAAAAUAGCCUGGCAGUGAGGUCACUCAAGGAGACAAUCGAAGACUGUUGGGACCAGGAUGCAGAGGCUCGGCUUACUGCACAGUGUGCUGAGGAAAGGAUGGCUGAACUUAUGAUGAUUUGGGAAAGAAACAAAUCUGUGAGCCCAACAGUCAAUCCAAUGUCUACUGCUAUGCAGAAUGAACGCAACCUGUCACAUAAUAGGCGUGUGCCAAAAAUUGGUCCUUAUCCAGAUUAUUCUUCCUCCUCAUACAUUGAAGACUCUAUCCAUCACACUGACAGCAUUGUGAAGAAUAUUUCCUCUGAGCAUUCUAUGUCCAGCACACCUUUGACUAUAGGGGAAAAGAACCGAAAUUCAAUUAACUAUGAACGACAGCAAGCACAAGCUCGAAUCCCAAGCCCUGAAACAAGUGUCACCAGCCUCUCCACCAACACAACAACCACAAACACCACAGGCCUCACUCCAAGUACUGGCAUGACCACUAUAUCUGAGAUGCCAUACCCAGAUGAAACAAAUCUGCAUGCCACAAAUGUUGCACAAUCAAUUGGGCCAACCCCUGUCUGCUUACAGCUGACAGAAGAAGACUUGGAGACCAACAAACUAGACCCAAAAGAAGUUGAUAAGAACCUCAAGGAAAGCUCUGAUGAGAAUCUGAUGGAGCACUCUCUUAAACAGUUCAGUGGGCCAGACCCACUGAGCAGUACUAGUUCUAGCCUGCUUUAUCCACUCAUAAAACUUGCAGUAGAAGCAACUGGACAGCAGGACUUCACGCAGGCUGCAAAUGGCCAAGCAUGUUUAAUUCCUGAUGUUCUGCCUACUCAGAUCUAUCCUCUCCCCAAGCAACAGAACCUUCCCAAGAGACCUACUAGUUUGCCUUUAAACACCAAAAAUUCAACAAAGGAGCCCCGGUUAAAAUUUGGCAGCAAGCACAAAUCAAACUUGAAACAAGUAGAAACUGGAGUUGCAAAGAUGAAUACAAUCAAUGCAGCAGAACCUCAUGUGGUGACAGUCACCAUGAAUGGUGUGGCAGGUAGAAACCACAGUGUUAACUCCCAUGCUGCUACAACCCAAUAUGCCAAUGGGACAGUACCGUCUGGCCAACCAACCAACAUAGUGACACAUAGGGCCCAAGAAAUGCUGCAGAAUCAGUUUAUCAGUGAGGAUACCCGGCUGAAUAUUAAUUCCAGUCCUGAUGAGCAUGAGCCUUUACUGAGACGAGAGCAACAAGCUGGCCAUGAUGAAGGUGUUCUGGAUCGUCUUGUGGACAGGAGGGAACGGCCACUAGAAGGUGGCCGAACUAAUUCCAAUAACAACAACAGCAAUCCAUGUUCAGAACAAGAUGUUCUUACACAGGGUGUUCCAAGCACAGUAGCAGAUCCUGGGCCAUCAAAGCCCAGAAGAGCACAGAGGCCUAAUUCUCUGGAUCUUUCAGCCACAAAUGUCCUGGAUGGCGGCAGUAUACAGAUAGGUGAGUCAACACAAGAUGGCAAAUCAGGAUCAGGUGAAAAGAUCAAGAAACGUGUGAAAACUCCCUAUUCUCUUAAGCGGUGGCGCCCCUCUACCUGGGUCAUCUCCACUGAAUCACUGGACUGUGAAGUCAACAACAAUGGCAGUAACAGGGCAGUUCAUUCCAAAUCCAGCACUGCUGUUUACCUUGCAGAAGGAGGCACUGCUACAACCAUGGUGUCUAAAGAUAUAGGAAUGAACUGUCUGUGAAAUGUUUUCAAGCCUAUGGAGUAAAAUUAUUUUUUGCAUCAUUUAAACAUGCAGAAGAUGUUUUUUUAAAAAAAAAAAAAAAACUGCUUUAUCCUCCUGUCACCACCCCCUCCCACCCCUGCAACAAGGACUUGCUUUAAAUAGAUUUCAGCUAUGCAGAAAAAUUUAGCUUAUGCUUCCAUAUUUUUAAAUUUUGUUUUUUAAGUUUUGCACUUUUGUUUAGUCUCGCUAAAGUUAUAUUUGUCUGUUACGACCACAGAGUUAUAUGUGUGUGUAUCAAAAGUGGUCUCAAAAUAUUUUUUUAAGAAAAAAAGCAAAAACAAUGUGUUGCUGAUAAUCAGUUUGGACCAGUUUCUUAAGGUCAUUAAAACAGGAGCAAAUUAAGACAGGUUUGACU